AAACUCAACCAAUUAAACUAAAAUUUUUUGAAUAACUCUCUUUAAGAUUUUUUAUUUUUUAUUUUUUUAUAACUCUGUUUAAGAUGUAUUUUAAUGGACUGUUAGGAUGGAAAAUAAAACUCUUAAAUCAGAUUUGAAUGUUAGGCUGUUGGCAAACACUAGCCUUACAUAAUCAGCAUAGGCAAAUAAUACAGUCAUCUCAUUCUUUCAGGCUCUGUGAUUGACUAAUAAUAUUGCUUUACAAAAAACCACAAACCUCUGCAUAUUUAUCUUUUUACAGGACUGGGUUUAAAACAAAACCCUUUCAAAUGGUAUGAUAAUCCACUCUCGGAUCGCGAAGUUGAGACUCACUGAAAUUAUUGCUUUACAGAAUGCGCUUGCCAACAUGUAUGUAAAGUGUGGGAGUGUUGUGGAUGCACGCAAUGUGUUUGACGAAAUGCUUGAACGAAAUGUGUUUUCAUGGACUGUCAUGAUUGCAGCUUACGUGAGGCAUAGAUUUGCUGAAGAAGCACUGGCUCUGUUUCAGCAAAUGGCAGCGACAUGCAUCCAACCCAACCAGUUUACCUUUGCCAGCGUUGUUUCAGCUUGUGCGGGUUUGGCAUCUGUAAAACAGGGAGCAGAGAUUCAUGAAAAGGUAAUUAUUAGUGGAUUUUCAGAUGAUGUGGUUGUUGGGAAUGCCCUUAUACAUAUGUAUGCGAAAUUGGGAAGUUGUCACAAGGCUCGAAAAAUAUUUGAUGGAAUGUCUGAACUGGAUCUAGUUUCCUGGAAUUCCAUUAUUGCGGCAUACACCGGGGUUGGACUAAUGGAUAAGGCACUGAAACUGUUUGAAGAAAUGCCUCAUCGGGAUAUUGUGUCAUGGAAUACCAUGAUUGCAGGUUAUGGACAAAUCGGGCUUGUAGAGGAGGCUCUGGAAUUGUUUCACAGGAUGCCUUGGCGAGAUGUUGUCUCCUGGACAGCCUUGAUUGCAGGGUAUGCCAGGAAUGGGCUUGUGGUUGAUGCCUUGAAACUCUUCAGGAAGAUGCCCCAGAGAAAUGUCGUCACGUGGAAUGCAAUUAUUGCAGGAUUCGCAGAGAGUGGACAUGAUGAGGAAUCCCUGAAACUUUUCCUGCAAAUGCAAUUAGCAGGUAUGAGGGUAGACACUACAAGUUUUGUUUGUACUCUCCCAGCAUGUGCCAAUUUGGCAGCUACGAGACAGGGUUUGGAGAUUCAUGGAAAAAUAGUCAGGACUGGAUCUCAGUUUGAUCUCACAGUAGUGAAUGCCCUGAUAGACAUGUAUGCAAAAUGUGGAAGCAUAGGGAGGGCACACAAACUAUUUGACAAAAUGCAUCAGCUAGAUGAUGUGUCCUGGACAUCAAUGAUUUCAGGAUAUGCACAAAAUGGGCUUGUUGACGAAGCCUUGAAACUCUUCAAAGAAAUGCCUCAACCAAGUUUGGUUUCAUGGAAUGCAUUGAUUGCAGGAGUUGCACAGAAUGGACAUCCUAAGAAGUCACUAGAGCUUUUUCAGGAAAUGCAGUUGUCAGGUGUGAGGCCAGAUGCCAAAGCCUUGACCAGUAUUCUUCAAGUGUGUGCCUGCCUGGCAACUGUAGAACAUGGAAUGGAAAUCCAUGGAAAAGUAAUUAGAAGAUAUAUACAGAAUGAUCUUACUGAUGAAGCCCUUAAACUGUUCAAGGAACUGCCUCAAAGAAACACAGUGUCAUGGAAUACAAUAAUUGGAGGGCUUACAAAGAAUGGUUGCCAUGAUGAGGCCCUGAAGCUAUUUCAACAAAUGCAAUUGGUAGGUGAGUGGCCGGAUUCAAAGACUUUGGCCAGCAUUCUCUCAACAUGUGCAAGCCUAGCAGCUUUAGAAAAGGGUAUGGAGAUCCAUGCAAAAGUAGUCAGAUGUGGAUUUCACUUUGAUAUUCUUGUUUUGAAUUCUCUCAUUCAUUUGUAUGCAAAGGGUGGGAGCAUACACAAGGCUCAAGAAACAUUUCAUAAAAUGUAUGACCGAGAUGUUGUUUCAUGGAAUACAAUGAUUGCAGGGUAUGCCAUGCAUGGCUGUGGCAAAGAAGCUAUCCAACUGUUUGAACAAAUGAAGUCUUCUGGCAUACAACCAGACCAUGUUACUUUAGUUAGUGUUCUGUCUGCAUGCAGUCAUGCAGGUCUAGUGGAUGAGGCAUAUCAAUGCUUCAACUACAUUGAUGAUCAUAACAUUAAACCUGCUACAGAACACUAUAUAUGCAUGGUUGACCUCCUGGGUCGUAUUGGGCAUUUGAAUGAAGCACAAGAUUUCAUCAAUAACAUGCCAAUAAAACCUGAUUCUGUUGUUUGGAGUUGUUUUCUUAGUGCUUGUAGAUUACAUAAUAAUAUUGAGCUAGGAGAAUGCAUAGCAGAACACCUUUUUGAGUUGGACCUUAACGAUGCUGCACCUUAUGUGCUUCUCUCAAACAUCUAUGCUGCAGCAGGCAGGUGGGAUGACAUUGAAAAAGUACGCAAAAUGAUGAAAGAUAGAGGAAUUAAAAAGAAACCUGGAUCUAGUUGGAUUGACGUCAAUAAAAAGGUACAUGUUUUUAUACAAGACAAAUCACACUCACAAACACUACUACAAAGUUAAAAAUAUUGUCCUAUAAGAUUAGCAUGGUACAGACCUACUAUGUACCUUGUUUCAUACAAUGUUCUGCUGAACUUUUUACAGAACAAAACUGAAAAAGUUUUCAGACAGAAUGACAAAAAUCUAACAGUUAUUUCUGGGCCAUUGAAAAAACAUCUCCUAAAACAACUAUUGACGUUGGCAAGAAACUUUGACUA